AUGAACAAUUUAAUCCUCUCAACAUUUGAUGUUAUUUCCAAUUCAACCUCAACAACCAAUACAUCUGCACUCUAUAUUGGUAAUUGCUUACUGGUGGACCCUGAUGGCUAUCCAUAUGUCGAGUGGAUGUACAAUCUAAUGGGUCAGUGUGUCCAUUCACCAUUGGAGCAGAGCUCUUUCUAUGUUGGAUUGGGAAGUCUGGCCUUGUACAUUGUUUCUGGCAUUCCACAAGUUAUUGAGAAUUUCAUGAAGGGUAAUGCUGAUGGUUUAUCGCCCUACACUUUGGCCAUGUUUAUCAUUGGUGAUUCGAGUAACUUGUUGGGGGCCAUUCUCACCCGUCAAUUAUUCACACAAAUUCUAUUGGCCAUCUACUUUGUCACUAUAGAGGUGAUUUUAAUUUCACAAUUCCUAUUCUACAAAUUGAAAGCACUGUGGAAGAGGAGGAAACACAAAGGACAAGAACAACUCCACGAUGAAGAGGAUGAUAAAGCAUCAUCUGCCAACACUUCAGCAAUAGUAUCAGCAGCCGUAGAUACUCACAGUUGUACCUCAAUGACUUGUACUCCAUUAGAGGAACACAAUAAUGAAUUUCUUUCCGAUAGUGAGCAGCAGCCUCAUCACGAGAAUGGACUGAUGAGUUUGAAGGGCAAUGUUAAUUCCACACGAACUGUUUCUCUACUUGUUUUGUUGAUGGUCUUUUUCUAUUUAAUGUUCACAAUGAAUCAUUCAAGUAACAACCUUAAUAUUCCACAACAACACAAUGAACAACAAACUGGAAGAAGAUUAUUAUCGAACCAUGAAGAUGAAAUCAGCACUACCAAGGAUCACAACAGCGUUCAAUUUCCACCUGUUGCAACUGAGGCCAUUAUUGGCUAUACUAUUGGUUUCAUAUCCACGACAUGUAGUAUUGGUUCAAGAAUUGCUCAAAUUAUUAAGAAUUUCAUGAAAGGAACCUAUGGCAUGAAUCCAUUGCUGUUUGGAUGUUCAGUUUUUGGUAAUAUUCUCUACUCGUCAUCAAUUUUCCUCUUUAGUGUGAAUGGUUCCUUUCUGUUGUACAAAAUUCCAUGGUUGACAAGUAGUUUGGUCAAUAUUUGUCUUGAUUCUUUCAUUAUUGCACAAUACAUUUAUUUCACAUUCAUUAAAAAGAAGCAACCACAACUAGAAAACCAAAAAACCUUAGAAAAUAGUGAAAAAUCUAAAUUGGAAAUUCAAAAUGAAGAAAGAAUUGAGAACAAGUUGAAAGAUUUAGAAGUUUAA